AUGGUCGAGUUGAGUGACCGGCCUGGAGGAUCUGUUAUAUCAUCGUAUGCCGUUCAAGACCGCACACAAGUAGCCGAGGUUGACCCUUCUAUGGUCAUCGAAUACGUGGAGGAUGACUUGGCCGACUUCCAACCAUGUACAAUCUGCGGGCAAGCCGAUAACGAGGAUGUCCUUCUCUUAUGUGAUGGAUGUGAUGUGCCUUCCCAUUUAUAUUGUCUCGGGUUGGAUGAGAUCCCACCGGGGGCCUGGUACUGCCAACAAUGUGAAUCGCAACGUGCAGUGGCACCAGCGCCCGAGGUAUCGGCACGAACAACCCGAGCUGAGCAGCGAAGUCGGCGAACCCGAGCCCAACAAAGGCGUCUUCAAACUCGGAAUCAGACAAACUCGCUCCAUUGGGCACGGGUCUGGCAAACCGUUUGGGAUAACCUGAACCUUGAUCUGGACUUCCCAUUCGACGACGAUCGCUCUGCGGAGCGUGUGAUUCAACAGCGCCGUCGCGAAGAGGCCAAUCAGCGUGAAUUUCAGGCAUGGCAACGCCGAUUUGAAGUCGCCGAGCGACAGGGUGGUGGCAGUCGGUUUCGCGACGCCGCACCUUUGUUCGACAUUGAGCCUGCUCGGCCGUCCCGCCCCCGUGUUCCCAGAGUUCCGACACCUGAGCCCGAGUCCCUGGAGGAGAUGCGCGCCUGGAAUGCCUUCGAAAGAGCACGGGAAAUCGAAAACAAUCCGAAUGCCGCCAGGAAGCGCAAAGAGCCAACCAUGUCGCCGUCCCCUGAACCCGCCGAGCCCGAGCGCAAAUUAAAACGACCUCGAACAAGGAGACCGCAAGAGCUUGCUGCUCUAGCACAGCAAAAUCAAACCGGUGAAUCCUCUCGGGCUGGUGCCGCAAGCUCCAGCGCACGGCCGAACGGCGAUAAUCCCACUGGACCGAGCUUCCUUUCGUCACUAUUAAAGGAAGUUGAAGACGCACCUAGUCGCACGAAUUCAUACGGACCUUCCGCCUCAACGUCCGCCGCCCCUACCGAUCAUCCCUCACCAGGUCCUUCAUCUCCCUCUAUCUCCCCGACCUCAUCCGCGUACUCUUCUCCUCUCCUCUCAUCGGCUACACCCCCGCCUUUCCCUCGCACCUGCCCGAUAUCACCCCUUCAGCUAUCCUCCCCUGCCGAACCAUCAUCACCCCCCUUUUCCCCCGAACUCUCAUUCUCAGCUAGUCCGCCCCCAAAAGGGGCAAAAGAAGACAACACACCUCGCAGUACGGGCCGACCUCGCUCUCGGAUUCCCCAACGAGCACUCAACAUUGCACACUCCCGUUCCCCAGACUCAUCACCGACCCGACUCGGCCCAUCUCUUGCUUUGAAAGCCGACAUCCAGAAAAUGGUCGGCACCGCAUUGAAACCUCACUAUAAGAAGAAGACCAUCUCGAAAGAGCAAUACACAAACAUCAAUCGCAGCAUCUCUCGAAUGCUCUAUGAGCGCGUUGGCGAUCGCGAAACGCUCGAGUCGGAUGAACGCACGAACCUCGAAACAGAGGCAAAGCACGAAGUGCAGAAUACCGUCGACGCCCUAAAGAGGAGAACGAAAGAUAAGCAAAAACAGCGCAUGGUGGCUACCGAUACAGAUGGCGAUACUUAA